AUGGACAAGGAACAGGAAGUGGAAAGUGACAGAGCUGGAACCCCGGAAGUUCCGAACAUGAGUCCAGAGAAACAAGAAGCAGAUCAAGGUGAUGCUAAUGAAAGUCCAUUAUUACAGGGCCUGUCCAACCAUGUGACUCCCCUGGUCCCAGAAUUCUUGGACACAGCACACAUCCAGGAGAAGGCCUCGGCUUCGGAGGCCGACAACAUACAACACAUGCCUGCAAAGCAAUCCAAAGGUCCACAGCUCAAGGUCAUAUUCCCACCGGCACAGGGCGGUAACAUCUUCAAUUUCUCAGCAAUGACCAUGCAACCCAAGCAGGCUGGCACCCCCAGUUUUUCAGCAAAAAUCAUCCCUCGCGAGCAGGGCAGUAUCCCCAAUUCUUUAGCAAAAAUGAUCCUGCCCAGGCAGGCUGAUACCCCCAAUUCUCCAGAAAAAAUGAUCCCGCUCAAGCAAGCUGGCAUCUCCAAUCCCUCAGCAAAACCCAUUCCACCCAAACAGGCUAACAUCCCAAGUGUCUCAGCAAAAUCCAUCUCACCCAAGCAGGUUGACACCCCCAGGUUUUCAGCAAAAAUCAUCCAACCCAAGCAUGGCAGUAUCCCCAGUUCUUCAGCAAAAAUGAUCCUGCCCCAGCAUGGCAAUGCCCUCAAUUUCCCAACCAAAAUCACCCCACCCAAACAGGCUGAUAUCCCCAAUUCCCCAGCAAAAAGCAUCCCACCCAAGCAGACUGACACCCCAAAUUUUUCAGGAAAAGUCAUUCUACCCAAGGAGAGUGAUACCCCCAAUCCCUCAGAAGAAAGGAUCCCACCCAAGCAGGCUGAUAGCUCCAAUUCUUCAGAAAAAAUUAUUGCACCCGAGCACGGUGACACCCCCAGUUCCUCAGAAAAAACCACCCUGCUGCAGGAGGAUGGAAUGUCUACUUCCUUAGAAAAAAACAUCCCACCCAAGCAGGAUAACAUCCCCAUGUCCCCGGCCAAAACCAUCCUGCCUACGAAGGGCAAGAGUCCCAAGUUCUUAGCAAAAUCCAUUCUGCCCAAAGAGGCCAACACCCCUAAGUUCUCAGCAAAACCUUUCCUGUCUAAACAGAUCAACAGCCCCAAGCUAUUAGUGAAAUCUACCCUGUCCAAACACAUCCCCAUCCCCAAGUCCUCAGAAGAAAACAUCCUGCCCAGAGAGGGUGACACCAAGUGCUCAGAAGACAGCAUCCAGCCCAGAGAGGGUGAUAUCCCCAAGUCCUCAAAAGAAGCCAUCCCGCCCAUAGAAGGAGACGUCCUGAAGGCAUCAGGGUCAAUGGAGCUUCUGGAAGUGGACUUGGUGAAGAUGAUCCUAAGCAAGGAGGACUUCGAGUUGGCGCUCAAGGAGGCUGGGGAGAGGCUGGUGGCCGUGGACUUCUCAGCCACGUGGUGUGGGCCCUGCAGGACCAUCAAGCCCCUUUUCCAUUCCUUGUCUGUCAAGUACGAGGACGUGGUGUUCCUGGAAGUGGAUGCUGAUGAGUGUGAUGAGCUGGUGAAGGACCUUGAGAUCAUGUGCAUCCCAACCUUUCAGUUUUAUAAGAAAGCAGAAAAGGUGGGCGAAUUUUGCGGCGCCGUUACAGAAAAACUCGAAGCAAUCAUUGCAGAGUUAAAGUAA